AUGGCCCUUCACUCAUCUCCGGCUCCACUGCCCUUCGAUGGCCCUGCUCUGCUGCAAUGCUUCUUUGGAGAAUUUGAUGAUGUCAAGAGCCUGAUAAAGGAGACAAUGGCCACUCUGGCUGUUGAUCCCAUCAUCCAGGCUCGAUGUACUAUAUACAUACCAUAUCCCGUCUCCGCCUUUCUCUGGCACCGAUUUUUGACCACCGGGGCCUCUUAUGAAGCUACAGACGACGUUUAA